UCAGGGCUCAGUCAGGCUCAGAGCUGAACUGGAAGCGGAGGAAGGGACACAAACUCAGCCCAAAGUCACUGCUCACUGAGUGACAUUGACAGCAUGGGACUCCUAUGGGCCCCCCUGAGUCUGCUCUCACUGCUAGUCCUGCUCCAGGUUGCGCACUGUUCACUCGUACUCGAUGAGGUAUAUUUUCCAGAGACAGACUCAGACACGCGGACGGGGAGACAUCACUGGAGUUACGAAGACUUGGGUGAUGAUGAAGACCUUGUGGCUGAUGAAGCUUCAGGAGAUGAUAAUGGCAGCUCAGAGAUUGGCAGUGGUACCGCCGUCCCAGAGAAGCCAGUGCCAACACAUUCAGCUUUUUACACAGGUGUAUACACCUCCCCGAUAGUGCCGCAGCUGGCGGGUAUGAGUGUCUCAGAACAGGACCACGAGCAAAUUCUGAUUUAUUACAGGGCGCUGGUAAAUUUCACUCAAUCCGUAGAAUAUUCCUCCAGAUUGGAUGAUCUGUCGUCAGAUGAAUUUCGGGAUUUGUCAGAAGCAGUGGUUGAUACGCUCGAAUCUGAAUACCAGAAAAUCCCUGGUGAACAGAUGGUCAGUGUGGUGUAUGUCAAGCUGAUUGAUGAAGAUGUAUUUGUGGAACUUGAUGUUGGCUCAGAGGGUAACUCCAACGAUGGCCAAAUCCGGCAGGUGCUGUACUCUGUGAUUGCGAGCGGCUCCAUUGCGUCUUAUCUGACGUCUUCGCAAGGAUUCCAGUUUCGUCGUCUCGGAGCUGCACAAACCCCACCCCCUGCGCUGGGGAUGGCGUCCCCCGUUACGCCGACGGUACGUUCCUGCACAGCCUUGGAGUUUACCUGCCGCAGUGGAGAGUGUAUUCCUCUGGAGUUUUACUGUGACCAACGCCAUGAUUGCCGGGAUAUGUCCGACGAGGAUGCAUGUGCGCCAGGACCACCAACGCCCUCUGUAGUUCGCACAAGUCCUGUUGUGACUGCCAGGCCUCCGGUUACUUCGGCUCAUUUAUUCACAGAGUUCCAAAUUGCCACCACCACCACCACCAGUCCAAUUAAACGUCCCACCCCCAAACCAACUCUUGAUACGGACCCACGUGAAUGUCGACGAGACGAGGCUCGGUGCCCAAAUGGACAGUGCAUCCCCAGAGACUAUCUGUGUGAUGGAGAAAGAGACUGCAAGGAUGGCAGUGAUGAACUGAAUUGCGGAACCCCAUCUCCCUGCGAACCAAAUGAAUUCAAGUGCAAAAAUGGUCGCUGUGCCCUGAAGCUGUGGCGUUGUGAUGGUGACAAUGACUGCGGCGAUAACUCGGAUGAGCUGUACUGCCCCACAAAGGGACCAAGUGACACCUGUGCUCCGGACCAGUUUGUCUGUGUCAACUCUCGGACCUGUAUCCCUGCCAGUUAUCAGUGUGACGAGGAGGCGGAUUGUCCUGACCGCUCGGAUGAAGUUGGCUGCAAUCCACCGCAAGUCAUCACUCCGCCAGAGGAGACCAUCAUGGCUUCCCGCGGUGAGACAGUGCGUUUUACCUGUGUGGCUAUCGGCGUACCUGUUCCCAUCAUCACAUGGAGACUGAACUGGGGCCACAUUCCCACCAGUAGCAGAGUCACAAUGACUAGUGAGAACGGCCAUGGCACUCUGAUCAUUCGAGAUGUAAAGGAAGCGGAUCAAGGAGCUUAUACAUGUGAAGCUAUCAAUGCUAAAGGCAUGGUGUUUGGAAUUCCCGAUGGAAUCCUGUCUUUGAAGCCAAGUCGAGGCCCUUGUCCUGAGGGUUCCUUUCACAUUGAGAGCACAUCGAAAUGUGUCCCCUGCUUUUGUUUUGGGAUUACCAAGGUCUGCCACCAUACAGGGCGUUACAGGAACCAGAUCCGGCUGAGAUUUGACAUACCUGAGGAUUUCAAAGGUGUGAAUGUCUCCAUGCCAUCUCAUCAAGGCAUUCCUCCGCUCUCCUCCAACCAGCUACAGAUCGAGCCCAGUGUGGAGGAGUUUCAAUUGGUAGACCUCUCACGCAGGUUCCUAAGCCAUGAAUCUUUUUGGACUCUCCCUCCACAAUUCCUAGGGAACAAGGUUGAUUCCUACGGUGGAUCUCUCAGCUUUAAGGUUCGCUAUGGCUUAACUCAAGGUCUGUCUGAGCCUGUGAGGAGACCAGAUUUGAUUAUUAUUGGAAAUGGACAAAAGCUCAUUUAUCGAGUCUCAACAUCUACCCAGCCAUCUGUUGUGAACCAGCGAAGAUUUCAUUUCACUGAGGAGAAUUGGGUCCAUGAAUCUGGUGCAUCUGUGACCCGGGAGGACCUCCUGAUGACCUUGCAGAACCUAGAUAGCAUCAUGAUCCAAACUGUCUACGACAACAAGAUGGCCAGUGUGGGAAUCUCUGAUAUUGUUAUGGACACGACCUCUGCGCAGUAUACACAGCUUGGUAUUGCCGUGGGCGUGGAAGAGUGCCGGUGCCCGGGUGGGUACUCUGGACUCUCCUGUGAAGUCUGUGCUGCCCAGUUUGAGCGUGUGCCAGGUGGUCCUUAUCUUGGAACCUGCUCUGGCUGCAACUGCAAUGGCCAUGCCAGCUCCUGCAAUUCUGAGACCGGCUAUUGCCUGAACUGCCAGCACAACACUGAGGGUCCGCAAUGCAAUAAAUGCAAGCCUGGUUUCUUUGGAGAUCCCACCAGGGGCACACCCGAUGCCUGUCGCCCUUGUCCUUGCCCACACACAGACUACAGGCGUAGGUUUUCUGAUACGUGCUUUGUGGACACAGAUGGACAGCCCACGUGUGAUAACUGUGUUCAGGGUUACACUGGGCGUCGCUGUGAGAAAUGUGCCCAGGGAUAUGAGGGGAAUCCCAUGCAGCCAGGAGGCCGGUGUGAGCAAACCUCCGCUAAGCUGGAAGAAUGUGACAAAAAGGGCAGCGCCUCUUCAUCUGGUGUAACGUGUGUCUGUAAGUCUCAUGUUUCGGGCGAGCGGUGUAACGAAUGUAAAAGUGGAACCUUCUAUCUAAGUGAAGAGAAUGCAGACGGCUGUUUGAAGUGUUUCUGCAUGGGUAUCACCAGGCAAUGUUCAAGUUCCUACUGGAACCGAGACCAGGUACGCUCCACCUAUGACAGCCAUGAAAGGGUGCCCUUUACCAUUUCCAAUGCGGGCAGCACCCGCACAUUCACUGAAGGCAUCAGUGUCACUGGACCCUCAGAGCUAACAUUCGGAUCCUUCAGCAACAUCCCUCAAGAUGUCUAUUUCUGGGUGUUACCGGAACGUUUCAAGGGCGAUAAGGUGACAUCCUAUGGUGGAGAGUUGCGUUAUACCAUCACAUAUGAGUCCCAUCUUGGGUCGCAGCCCUUGUACAGUCAGCCAGAUGUAGUGCUGCAGGGGAAUGGCAUCUUCUUGGAACACUUUGCCAACAUCAGAAUGGUUCCCGGAUUUCCUGUUACAAUCACCGUUUCUUUCCGAGAGAGUGCAUGGCGUAGGACAGACGGGCAGGAUGCCACGCGAGAGCACCUUUUAAUGGCUCUGGCAGAUAUCGACCUCCUGAUGAUCAGGGCUUCCUAUGCUGAGAGGAUGGCAGAGAGCAGAAUCUCAAAUAUACACAUGGAUGUAGCUGUGCCGCACUCAACAGGCCUGCAGCGAGCCGUGGAGGUGGAGCAUUGUGUUUGUCCCCCCGGUUAUGCCGGGCCUUCCUGCCAGGACUGUGACAUUGGCUACACUCGAUCCACCAGUGGGCUUUAUCUGGGUACCUGUGAACGUUGCCAGUGUGGUGGUCAUUCUUCUGAUUGUGACGGAGAAACAGGGGAGUGCCUGAACUGCCAGCACAAUACUGAAGGUGCCAAGUGUGAGCGCUGUCGGCCUGGAUUCUAUGGCGAUGCCACACGGGGAACACCUGGAGAUUGCCAGCCUUGCCGGUGCUGGGGACCAUCCAGCCAGUAUUUUGGGACUUGCUACCUGGGCAGCGAUGGAUUGCCUACAUGUGACUCUUGUCCGUUGGGUUACGUGGGGCGUCAAUGUGAAAGGUGUGCUGCUGGAUACAGGGGUGAUCCCGCACGAGGCCAACCAUGCACAGCGGAUUCUGGAACCAGCUGCCGAUGCGACCUUCGAGGCAGUCUAAGCAGCACGUGCGACUCCCAGGGACGGUGCCAGUGCAAGCCUCACGUAGAGGGACAUUCAUGCAGCUCCUGCCGCCCUCAUCACUUCUACCUCAGUGCCGACAACCAGGAUGGCUGCCUGCCCUGCUUCUGCAUGGGCGUCACCCAAAUCUGUGCCAGCUCAAGUUACCACCGCGAACUGAUUACAAGCCCUUUCCUACCUGGGAACUUCCAGAACUUUGCUCUGGUAAACAGACAGCACAGCACCCGGAUCAGCACCGGAUUCACCGUGGAAAUGGGCAGCCAAGGACCACAGAUUACCCAUGGACGAUUUGACCAACUGGGACAGGAAACCUACUACUGGCAGCUUCCAGAGGGCUACCAAGGAGACAAGCGGGAGAUGUAUUAUGCUCGAAUGCGUCGGGCACAUAAGCAGAAUGACUCAUCUCUGACGGAGGAGGAGCUUCGGAAGAGAGUAGCGUUCGGAGAUGUGGAAGAGUCUCCUGAAUCGCGAACUCGUGUCAGACGCCAAGCAAAGAUGGAUGAAGAGCAGACUAACAUUGACCAAGAAAUCUGGAACCUCCUCUCUAGCUUUUCAUCCAUUAAUCCAGCCCCUCCUGAUGCCUCUCUGAAAACUUUGAGUUCCAACAUAACACAUAAAUCCCCAAAUGUUCCUUCAUCUCCUUUAAUUGGUGCCCCUGGCCCCCCUUCUCCUUCGAUAUCACGUCAGCCAUCCCAGCACUACCCAAGGUCUAGGUCACCAUCAGGAGCUUCUGCCCAGCGUUUCUCCACAGCCGGUGCUCCUGGUCAUUCCAAGAAGCCGCCUAUUGAACAGGCACUGAGUGGAGAUUCCCCGAGGUCUCCAGCACAGGAUUCCACCAAUCUCGUCUUCUCACAAAACCCGAGACUGAGAGGUGCAGAAAAGUAUUCUCUUGUCUACAAGGGCUUCUCUCUUAUUCCUGAAGGUGCUUUAUACUGGCAGCUGCCUAAAGCUUUUACUGGGGACAAGGUGGCGUCUUAUGGAGGAAAACUUCGUUACACAUUGAGCUAUAACGCUGGGAUCCGAGGGACUCCAUUGGUUGAUGCUGAUGUUCAGAUCAUGGGAAAUGACAUCACAUUGGUUUCCUAUCAGCCAGAGCUAAGGCCACGAGAAAGCAAAUCCUUUGAAGUUUUAUUCCAAGAGAGUCAGUGGAAACGUCCUGAUGGACAGCAGACCACUCGAGAGCACCUAAUGAUGGCCUUGGCAGAUCUGGAUGAGAUUCUUAUCCGGGCCUCUUAUUCCACGGACAUGAUAUCAGCCAGUAUCAGUGCAGUGAGUAUGGAGACAGCUGGACCAUCCUACACAAGUUUGCCGCAAGCUUUGGAGGUGGAAGAAUGUCGCUGUCCACCUGGAUAUCAGGGACUUUCUUGUCAGGACUGUGCCCCUGGCUAUACACGCACUGGAGGUGGCCUCUACCUGGGUCACUGUGAGCCCUGUGACUGUAAUGGACACUCAGAUUCUUGUCAUCCAGAGACUGGCACUUGCACUAAUUGCUUACACAAUACCGCCGGGGAGUUCUGCGGUCAGUGCGCACCUGGAUUUUAUGGUGAUGCCACCGCUGGAACCCCAGAGGACUGUCAGCCCUGUGCCUGCCCACUCACCAAUCCAGAAAACCAAUUUUCUAAAACCUGUGAAAUUGUGCUUACUGGUGGCUACCGAUGCACAGCUUGUCCAACUGGAUAUACUGGCCAGUACUGUGAGCGGUGUGCUCCUGGUUACACUGGAAACCCCAACGUCCGUGGACAGAAAUGUGUCCCUGAUGACCGUCACAGCAGUUUCGUUGUGAGAAUCCACCCACAAAAGUCAACCGUUUCCCAAGGCGGAGAAGUGACUCUGCGAUGCCAAGCAGGCGGAAAUCCCCCUCACUACUUUUACUGGUCUCGAGAAGAUGGCCGCCCUCUUCCUGCUAGUGCCGAUACUAAAGCAAAAGGAGAGUUGCACAUUUCCAGCGUACAAACCUCCGAUUCUGGUAUCUACAUCUGUACUUGCCGCAACCUGCAGUUUGCCAACACCAGCAAAGCGGAGAUUGUUGUGUCUGCUGCCCCUAGUAAACCAAUCACAGUGACCGUGGAAGAACAAAAGAUUCAGAAUGUCCGUCAAGGUUCCGAUGUCACCUUCAUAUGUACAGCCAAGAGCAAGUCUCCGGCCUACACCUUGGUAUGGACCCGCCAGAACAACGGCAAGCUUCCUGAACGGGCAAUGGAUUUCAACGGCAUCCUAACAAUCCGUAAUGUGCAGCCUGAGGAUGCCGGCACUUAUGUCUGCACAGGGUCCAACAUGUUUGACAUGGACGAGGGCAAUGCCACGCUCCACGUUCAAGAGACGUCUCACACCCAGAUGUUUUUUGGACCAUAUGAAACCUUUGAAGGCCAAAGACCGUCUGGAGGUGCCACCUACCCCUCAGCUGUCAUUGAGCCCAGACAGCUGACUGUUCAGCGAGGCCAACCUGCAGAAUUCCGUUGCACGGCAUCUGGAAACCCUACCCCAACACUAGAAUGGACAGGGGGUACGAAUGGAAUUUUGUCUCCAAGAGCCAUCAUCCAAGGUGGAAUACUGCGCUUCACAUCUGCAGAGCCUUCUGAUGAGGGGCAAUACACGUGCCAUGUACGGAAUACCGUAGGACAUCAUCUUGCCAGAGCUGACCUUAGAGUACACAGUGGGAGUUUGCCCGAUGUCCAAGUGAGCCCUGAGAGGAUAGAGGCUCGAGAAGGAGACACUAUCCGUUUAUACUGUAGAGCUGGAGGAAGUCCAACUGCAACCAUCUCUUGGCAAAAACAAAGUGGCAACUUGCCAUCCCAGGCUCUCACUUCUGUCGGUUUCCUUCACUUUCAAAGCAGCAGCCUGGAAGCUCUCAGGAAACGGAUUCAGGAGCUCCAGGCCCGUACGGAGAGGGGCGAUAUAUCUACCUUGGUGAUUCCAUCCAUAACAGCUAAUGACGGAGGGACCUAUCUGUGUGUUGGUACAAGUUCUGCUGGUUCAUCCCAAGCCAAGAUAGAGGUGAAUGUGAUCAGAGCUGCUGUUGUUACCCCUGCAUUGAGAAUUGUGCCAUCAUCAGACAGCAUAUUGGAAGGGCAAUCAGUUGAUUUACAAUGCGUGGUUGCCAGUUACCCAAAUGCCGUGAUUACGUGGCACAGGCCAGGAGGGCGUCCCCUCUCUUCAAAUCACCAGGCAUUUGGGUCCCACCUGCGCAUUCUACAAGCUUCCACAGCUGACUCCGGAGAAUAUAUCUGUCGGGUUACCAAUGGUGUUGGUACACAGCAGACAUCAAUCUUCAUUACCAUCACUCGUGUCUCUGGUCCUCCACCAGCUUCAGGGAAUAUACCGGGGCUCAGAAUUGAAUCCUCCUCAAAUACUCUGGUUGAGGGACAGACUCUAGAGCUAAACUGUGUGGUCGGCAACUAUCCUAAUGCGGUGGUUACAUGGCAGAGAGCUGGGCGUCCCCUCUCACCAAAUCAUCAGGUCUCUGGGUCUCGUCUGAGGAUCCUACAAGCUUCUGCAGCAGACUCCGGCGAGUACAUAUGCCGAGUGACUAUUGGUUCUGUCACACAGCAGGCAUCAACCAUCGUCACCAUUACCCAGGUUUCCGGUCCCGGUUAUCCAUCAGGCAGCUCUCCAGAUGUGAAAAUUGAAUCGUCUUCAAGUUCCGUGGCUGAAGGACAAACCUUGGAGCUAAACUGUGUGGUGGCAGGGCAACCAAAUGCAGUUGUUUCAUGGCACAGAUCAGGGCGCCUGCUCUCACCCAAUCACCAGGUCUAUGGCUCACGUCUGCGUAUAGUCAAAGCCUCCAUGGCAGAUUCAGGUGAAUAUAUCUGCAGAGUCACUUCUGGAGCAGUCACUCGUCAAGCAUCUAUCAUUGUAAACAUUAUCCACAGUUCGGGUCCAGUUUCUGGAAUUACCCCAACAAUCAAGAUUGAGUCUGCGUCUGAUUCUGUAGCGGAAGGACAAACAGUGGUGUUGAAUUGUGUUGUUGAAGGCCAAGCACAACAGGAGGUCACAUGGUACAGACCAGGACGCCAGCUAGCACCAAAUCACCAGGUUUCUGGAUCUCGGCUGCGUAUUCUCCAGGCAUCUCCGUCAGAUACUGGAGAGUAUAUAUGUCGUGUCAGCACUAGGUCAGGUGUUCAAAUGGCCUCCAUUACUGUGACUAUUGAAGGAUCUCACCAUCGCAACCCGGGGCAUACAUCGUCUAUCCGGAUAGAGUCAUCAUCUCCAUCUGUGGAAGAAGGUCAGAGUGUGGAUUUUAACUGCGUGACUGAUGAAUACCCAGGAGCAUCCGUAACCUGGCUCAGAUCAGGUGGACGCCCCCUCUCCGCAAAUCACCAGGUAUAUGGCUCUCGUAUGCGGAUAACACAGGCCUCUCCUGCUGACUCAGGCGAGUACGUCUGCCGUCUAAGCACCCCAUCUGGGGUACUUGAGGCCUUCAUCACUAUCACUAUACGGAGGUUUUCACAAGAGACUGUAGGCAUCCCGUCAGCUGUCCUUAUUGAGAAAUCGUCUGAUUCUGUGACCGAAGGGCAGACAUUGGACCUGAACUGUAAAGUUGUGGGGAAUCCACAAGCCCAAGUCAGCUGGAGCCGCGUAGGUGCAGAGUUAUCGUCCAACCACCAGAUCUCGGGUUCCCAUCUCCUCAUAACCCAAGCUUCUACCGUUGACUCGGGUGAAUACGUCUGUCACUAUACCAGCGCCUCUGGAGUCCACAAAUCAUCAGUGAUUGUCUCUGUCAUUUCAGGAGCCGCCUCUUCUUAUCGUCUCCAGAGUCCAGUUAUCUCUGUUGACCCACAUGCUGCCACAGUAAGCCCGGGGGAGAAUGCCACAUUUAAAUGCCGCAUUCAUGAUGGUGCCAAACCCAUUCGUGUAACUUGGCAGAUGAGACAUAACCAGGAAUUGCAGGAUAAUGUGCACAUCAGUUCCGAUGGUUCCAUGAUAACCAUCAUCGGUGCUCACCAUAAAAACCAGGGAUCCUACCAGUGCGCAGUGUCCAACAGCUAUGGAGUAGCCCAAAGUGCCGUGCCUCUUCUGGUACAAGGACGACCCACACUUUCUGUGAUUCCAUCUGGUCCUAUCAGGGUGAAAGAGGGGGACUCCAUUAGCGUGGAAUGUAUGGGGAUCGGAGACCCCCGGCCUUUAGUCAGCUGGCGCCGCACGGGCUCUCGACAGGACCUAAAGCAGCAGAACCGCUUGCCAAUAGAUAGCCAUGCAGUAUUACAGAUUUUGUCAGCAAAACCGGGAGACUCUGGAUCAUAUACUUGUGUCGGACAGAAUCCAUCUGGCUCUACUCAGGCCCAUGUAGAGGUUUAUGUGGACAGUCGUGAAAUAAAACACAAUGCGCCCACAGUAAGCACUGACCAGCCCGUUCACAUUGUGUUAUCUGGGGAAAAGGCUACUUUGAGCUGCUCUGCUGAAGGUAACCCAACUCCCACCAUCACUUGGUCCAAACUGCGAGCUCCAUUACCAUGGCAACACCAAGUGAUUAAUAACAGUCUGAUCAUCCCCAAUGUUGCACAGCAAGACUCCGGACAGUAUAUCUGCAAUGCGUCCAAUCCAGAUGGAUACUCUGAGAUUUUCAUAACGCUGGAUGUGGAGAUCCCUCCAUAUGCCACUACUGUUCCUGACGAGGCAUCUCUGAGCAUUGGGGAAGCAAUACAGCUCAAAUGCUUGGCACACGGAACAGGUCAGCUGAAAUAUGAGUGGUCCAAAAUUAAUGGAUCUUUAUCUGAGAGAGCCACUGUGAGAGACAGCAUCCUGCACAUCAAUUCAGCCAAAGCAGGGGAUGCAGGGACAUAUCGCUGCGUGGCCAGCAACAAAGUGGGUCAUAGUGAGGCAUUUACACAAGUCAGCGUUUUAGCUUCAUUUUCUGUGCGAGUUUCACCUCAAAGAGACACAAAAGCUGUGGGUGGAAAUGCUGAGUUCACCUGCCAAUUGAUCGGAGAUCAUGGGGCUAGAAUACAAUGGAUGAAAGAAGGGGGUCAACUUCCACCAAAUCAUAGUGUUCAGGGAGGAGUGCUUCGGAUUUCCAACCUGGAGCGUGGUAAUGAAGGAGUCUACACAUGCCGAGGGGUCAGCCGAUUUGGCCAAGCUCAGGACAGUGGGAAACUAGCCAUUCAGGUACUGCCCAGAGUUAGGAUCAACAUCCGCACCUCUGUGCAAACCGUACUGGUGGGCAACUCUGUGGAGUUUGAAUGUCUGGCCAUCGGAGACCCCCGGGCUAAGGUAACGUGGAGUAAAGUAGGAAGCCGUAUGCCCCCAGACGUGCAGAUCAGCGAAGGCAUGAUAAAGAUUGAGCAGGUGAAACAGUCCGACGCUGGACAGUACCGCUGCACCGUAUCCAAUGACGUUGGGGAGACGCAGUCACAUGUCAUACUUCAUGUACAAUCCGUUCCACAAAUUGCUGCUCAGCCUGAUAUGAAAGAAAUAACAACAGGAUCAACUGCGGUGUUUCCAUGCCUGGCUUCAGGCUUCCCUGUCCCUGAAAUCACUUGGACCAAGUUGGAGGGUGACCUCCCCAGUGAUGCACGAAUUGAAAACAACGCGUUAACCAUACCUUCUGUGAAACCUGAGGAUGCUGGGACAUAUGUCUGUACCGCAGCCAAUCGCCAGGGCAGAGUAACUGCCUUCUCCAUGCUAAAGGUUCGAGAACGCGUUGUACCCUAUUUUACGGGUCGCCCUCAAUCGUACCUCACUCUUCCAAAUAUUAAGGAUGCUCAUAAGAAAUUUGAGAUAAAGAUAACUUUCCGACCAGACACUGCUGAUGCACUGGUUUUCUAUUCAGGAAUGCUGGUUUAUAGCGGACAGAAGAAAAGCAGCGGAGCCGAUUUUGUCUCAUUUGGAUUAGUGGGAGGACGCCCUGAAUUCAGGUUUGAUGCCGGUUCAGGAAUGGCCACCAUUCGCUCUCCAACUCCUCUGACAUUGGGCAAGUUCCAUACCGUGACUCUCUACAGAAAUCUUACCCAGGGUUCCCUUGUGGUAGAUCAGGAUGCACCGGUUAAUGGAACAUCACAGGGUAAAUUCCAGGGGCUGGAUCUGAACGAAGAGUUAUUCCUGGGAGGAUAUCCUAAUUACGAGAUCAUCUCCAAAACUGGUCUAAGCAGUGGGUUUGUCGGUUGUGUUCACCAACUUGUCAUCCAAGGAGAAGAGGUGAUUUUCAAGGACCUAGAUUUGAGAUCACGUGGUAUAUCCAACUGUCCAACCUGCAGAGAUCAUCCCUGCAAGAACAGAGGAACAUGCCAUGAUACAGAUACAAGCUAUGUGUGUGUCUGUCCUCCAGGAUUUGCUGGGAGUAACUGUGAACAUUCACAGGCCUUGCACUGUCACCCUGGUGCCUGUGGUCCAGAUGCCACGUGUAUUAACAGAGCCGAUGGUCGCGGGUACUCCUGCCGCUGCCACCUUGGGAAAUCUGGAAACAAAUGCAUGGAAGGUGUUAUGGUAAGCAUACCAUCCUUUAAUGGAGAGUCAUCUUACAUCUCCUACCCUGCUCUCACCAACAUCCAUAAUGAGCUUCGAGUGGACAUGGAAUUCAAGCCUCUCUCUUUGGAUGGGCUUCUUUUCUUUAGUGGUGGGAAAGGUGCUCCUGUUGAUGAUUUUGUUUCUCUUGCCAUGGUUGGGGGCCACCUGGAAUUCCGCUAUGAACUUGGAUCAGGAUUAGCAAUUAUGCGAAGCCUUGAGCCCAUAGCCUUAGGGCGAUGGCACAAGAUAUCUGCUGAACGUGUGAAUAAGGAUGGUACAUUGCAGGUGGACAAUGACCCACCACUGAAAAGGUCAUCACCAGGGAAGAGUCAGGGUCUUAACCUGAAGACUUUAAUGUACCUUGGAGGAGUGGAUGGCUCUGUGGAUUUGCCAUCUCCUGCAAACAUCAGCCAGAACUUUAAAGGUUGCAUUGGAGAAGUUUCCAUUAAUGGAAAGAAAGUGGACAUCUCAUACAGUUUUGUUGACAGCCGUACUGUUGGCCAGUGCUACGACAGCUCUCCAUGUGACCGUAUGCCGUGCCUCCAUGGAGGAAAAUGUAUGCCCACAGGGGAGUACGAAUAUCAGUGUAUUUGCCAGGAUGGCUUCAGAGGAGAUCGCUGUGAGACUCAUGAAGAUCGUUGCCAGAUACACAACCCCUGCUUCAAUGGUGGCAUUUGCAAGGACAACAGAUGUCACUGCUUGCCAGGAUUCUCAGGAACGCUGUGUGAACGAGGAGCUGCAUCUGUAAACCCGGAACAAGAUUGGCCUGUGGAAGGGAGUGGGGGGAAUGAUGCACCAGGGCAAUAUGGAUCCUACUUUUCUGAUGAUGCCUUUAUUGCUUUACCCAGGCAUAUGUUCCCUAGAAGCCGACCAGAUGCUCCUGAAACUAUAGAGCUGGAGGUCCGCACCACUUCUGCAAAUGGUGUCAUCCUGUGGCAGGGAAUGGAAGAGCACGAACCAGGCAGAGGGAAAGAUUUUAUCAGCCUGGGGUUGAAGGAUGGCCAUCUCGUAUUCAGUUACCAGCUUGGCAGUGGUGAGGCCAACAUCAUGUCAGACGAUCCUGUCAACGAUGGAGAAUGGCACAAAAUUAUUGCUGUUCGGGAAGGGAAGGCUGGUUCCAUACAGGUUGAUGGCGAAGAGCUUGUUUCUGGUAGUUCUCCGGGUAAAAACAUAAUGGUGAACACGAAAGGAAGCGUCUACAUAGGUGGAGCUCCAAAUGUGAAGACGCUGACUGGAGGAAAAUUCUCAUCUGGGGUCACUGGCUGCAUCAAGAACCUUGUGCUUGUUAAUGCACGACCAUCUCAUCAACCACAGCAGCCAAUCGACUUAAAGCAUCACGCAGAGACAGGACAUAAUGUCAAAGAGUGUCCGUCAUAGGCUGGGACUGUUACCUCUCCGGUAUUAUUAGAGCAAUCCAGAGACUUGUUAUAACGAGAGACUUUGACAAACAGGAGAACAAUUUAAAAUGGUGCUUUUGCUGCUACCAAAAAAAAAAAAAUCAACCAACAAGAAUGGGUGCUUAUGGAAGGAUUUGGAUUGUGCAUUUCUGUAUUACCCAGGCAGAAUUUUUACUUUUUAAUUAUUAUAUAUUUUUUUUUAUGUCUUCAGAUUUUCAUGUGUUUUACUGCUGGAUGAAGGAAUAGUGUUUAUUUGAAACUUUUUUUUUAAAUUUUUUUUUAAGAGCCCGUAACCAAAAAAGAAAAAAAAAUACCUAACACCAUGAGCAAAAAGUAUAACGUGUUACCUCGCUGAUCAGGAAAGGUGGCUGAAUUGAGGCAUGUUUCCAGCGUGUUUACUGUUAGUUUGGUAAAUCUUUAUACUGGCCUGGGAAAGAGAAGAUUUGUGAUAUUAUAUAUAGUUUUCUUAAUCUGUCAGUUACGGUAACUGUACAAAUUCUGGACACUCAGAGUCAUUGUUCAAAUUUGAGAUUUUUACAGUAUUUGGGUGUGAAGUCAUUUUAAGUUCCGAUAUGUUGACUAACAGAGUUCUGUUAAACAUUAGUCAGAUAUAUUGAUGACAUAAAGUGGAACUACAGUCCUGGCUCCUAGAAGGACAGCAGAAUCUUAAGAUGCAAUUCUUUAUAUUAAGUCCUACAUUGCAGUAUGUUCAGAUAGGACGGUGACAUGCUUGCUCCCGGGAGGAUGAGUGUGAGCAUGUUCAUUUUUUUAGAAGCAAUUUAGGAUUUUCCUAUCCCGUUUUGGUAGAGGGCAGCUCUGUUUUCCUAUUUGUCCUGUUUUAACCCUGUAAAAUUAGGGUUACCAUUAUUACGUGUUUUAUUUUGUUUUGUACAUCUCAAGUAUUUAGUUCCACCAUCCUGAGAGGCCUCAUCUCCUUGAAAGACACUUUCAAAAAAAAAAAAAUAUAUAAAAAAAUAAAUAUUUAUGUUUUAAACACAUUUAGCAAACACAACCCUUCUGUAUCGUAGCCUUUCACCCACUUAAAAACACUAAAAAAAAGAAAGUUGCAUGAACCCUUAGUUCAGGUCAAAAUCAAGUUUUCCAAUAAAAUCAUUCCUUAACAUCCGUUGUAUCAUUCCCAAUGGAAUUUUUUGUAAACUCUGAUUAUUUUCAGCUUUUUUUGGAAAUAGUUAACUGAUGAUUUCCUCUCAAAUAGAGCUUUCGUUGUAGUUAUUUGUCUAUUCGUUCUGUACCAAUGUUGUACAGAAAGCAAAGCGUGAUAUCCACCUAAAACUGCCAUCAUGUAUUUUAAGGGCUGAAUGGGAAGAGCUCUGUCACACAGUACAAUAGUUACUCCAGUCUCACAUGUUAUGGACAGCACAAACAAGGAACCACUGGUGUUUCAAAGUUAUUUAUAUACUUAUUUUAAUCUACUGUAAGGAAGAAUUACUGGUACAGGGAAUGUACCCGCUUAGAAGCAUCAAUGUUAUAUAAAGCUUAAAACUGGAACAAACUCCUCCAUUAAUUUAGUUCUCUGUAAAUGUGAUCUAAGAGUGAAUGCACCUUUAGUGUAAAGCUAAGGACUGGAUGUCAAUACUUGCUGUGUUUCUGUUGGUGUAGGUAGGGCUCUCAGGGCAGGGCAGGAACCAGCCCUGUUUGAGCUGUGAUCAUUGAUAACAUUAAGGAAAUUUCUUGACAGUUCGUAUCACAAUGUUUAAAUGGAUAUAAUCAUUGAAAGCACUUACCAGACUUUACAAAAUCUGGAAAAUAAUAUAAAAUAAAGACUACUGUAUGCUCCAGAAGAGGGAACUGGAAUACUCCUGCGUGACAGACCAUUACGUAAAUAAUAAGCACAGCUGUGUAGGUUGGGAUGGAAUCUAAAGAAAGUGGGAUUCUGCCCAUUUGCUGUAAUAGUGUUUGGCUUUUAUAUAUAAGAGCAAUUUGCACCUACCUGCUCCUGAUCGUGUAACAAAACUGAUCCACAAGAUCCUGUAUAUUCCUUCCCUUUUCCAUACAGCUUUGAUUUUUAGAUUCUACACCAGGGAAAAUAACUGAUUGUUUCUGCCCACUUAAUUUCAUAGUAAGUGAGUGACUAACCGCUGUUAAGAGAUCAAGGGGCACCCUAACCACUAAAACGCAUUGUAUAGAAUUAUUAAUCGUAGUCCUACUUUGUGUCAAAAAUUUGAGUGAGUUGGGCAAAAUGGGGUUCACCCAACAUCUAAAUUCAGCCUGGAAUUUCUGCUGAGGCGUGGCUAGUGGACUAGUUUGUGUAAGCAAAGCAUCAGCAGAAGGCUAACUUUUAGGUGGCAGGAGAGCUCUGUCUUUUGUCAAACCAGUCAAAACAAUAGUUUGACAGGAUGGCAGCAAAAGACGGUUUGACCCAUAACCACUCCAAUGAGCGCAAGUGGUUAUGGUGCUCACAGUGACCCUUUAAGCACAAAUAGUUAUAGGACACUUCAAUUAUAACACAUGGCAGGAAUUAUUGCUAGAGAGAAGGAGAAAUGUGUAUUUGGGUAAAAUUUAUAUUACAAUACUAUUUAGGUCCAUCUUAAUGGAAAUUUUGCAAGAAAAUCGUUUUUUGUUUUUUUUUCAUAUUAUGAUAAAAUACAUUUGUAUAGAAGUUAAUGAAGCCUACCUUCUUUGUGCCAUUUCUCCUUCUAUGCAUGCUGUAAUUAAGGCACAUAUAACUGGUCUCUGCUGAUAAUUUCCUCACAAUGAUUUAGCUCCAACCUAGAAUAGCUGACCUCCAAGGUUAGGAGUCUAAACAUGUUGCAUGCUUGCACUGAUAGGCUUCUAGCUAAAGUGGCAAACUGUAACUCUGGUGAGUCAUCUACAAUUCAGCACCGUGCAAUAUCUUAAUCCCCUUGUCCCCCUGGUGCCUCCUAAAUGCCUGGGGGGGGAAAAUUGCAGUUUUUCUGUUAGAUGUUUUAAUGGUGCUAUGUAUCAAGCAAACGGCAUUUCCAUUGAUAGAUGGGUCCAAGACUGUAACACAUUUUAAAACAACCUGAAAUGUAAGACUUA